AUGAAACGACACCGACAGACACACAAGCACCCCAGUAUCGGAAGCCAAUCGAAAGCUUGUCCCAGUUGUGAUAAGGUGUUUUCCACUUCAAACAAUUUGAAGAAAUACCUUCAAAAUCAUAAGGAGGAUGAGGAGGAGGAGGAGGAGGAGGAGGGGGACCUCCACGAAGAUGCUAGUGGCGAAUCCACAGAAGAGGAGGAUUCUGAAGACGAGGACGUGGAGUGGGAGGAGCUUCAUGAAGACGAUGGUGAUGAAUCAACAGAUGAUGAUCAUGAUGAUUUUGAAAAUGAAGACGUGAGGGAGGAGGGGGACGACCGUGAACAUGAUGAUAGUGAUGGACUAACAGAUGAUGAUGGCCUUGAAAAUGAAGGAGAUGAGGAGGAGGAGGAGGCGUUUCUUGAAGACGAUAGUGAUGAAUCAACAGAUGUUAACAUUUAUGAAAGCGAAGAAAUUGAGGAGGAGGAGGAGGAGGAGGAGGGAUUAUGUGAAGACGAUAGUGACGAAUCAAUGGAAGAUGACUAUUUUGAAGAUGAAGAGGAGUCGGAGAAGGAAGAUGACGAUAGUGAUUUAUCAGCAGACGAUAGUGCUUAUGAAAAUGAAGAGGAGGACAGCGGGAGACGUCCAACGAAAAUACUUAAUUUUUCGAUAAAGAAUGCUAAACUUAUUAUGUUUAAAUGA